CCGCGGCGACACUGCCGGGUCCCUGCUGCUAGCGGUCAGCAUGCAGCUGCACCUGCUCCCGCUGUUGGCGCUGUGCGGGGCGGGUUGCGUGGUGGCGGGUCCCAGCUACAGCCUGCGGGGGAGCUGGCGGGUGAGCAACGGGAACGGCUCCCUGGAGCUCCCGGGGACCGUCCCGGGCUGCGUGCACAGCGCCCUGUACCAGCGCGGGCUGAUCCAGGAUCCUUACUACAGGUUUAAUGACCUUCGCUACAGGUGGAUUUCCUUAGAUAACUGGACCUACAGCACGGACUUUAAAAUCCCCUUUAACGUCAGUGAAUGGCAGAAAGUAAGGUUGAUUUUCGAAGGAGUCGAUACAGUUGCACAAAUCCUGUUCAAUAAUGUCACUCUCGGGAAGACAGACAACAUGUUCACUGGAUACAGCUUUGACAUCACCGGUGUGGUCAGAGACGUGAACGCCUUACAGCUGCGCUUCCAGUCAGCAGUACAAUAUGCUGAGCGUCAGAGCAAAGCUCACGCUAACUAUUCCGUACCACCAAACUGCCCCCCAAAGGAGCAGAAAGGUGAAUGCCAUGUCAACUUUAUCCGAAAGGAGCAGUGCUCCUUCAGUUGGGACUGGGGACCUGCCUUUCCCUCUCAGGGAAUCUGGAAAGACGUUAGAAUUGAAGCCUACAACAUCAGUCAUCUGGAUUACCUCACGUUUUUGCCAAUCUAUGAUAACACUUCUCGGGAGUGGAAUGUUGAAAUAGAGGCUUCUUUUGACGUUGUCAGCUCAAAGCCAGUUGGUGGUCAGGUGACUGUAGCCAUCCCUAAACUGCAAACACGGCAGACAUUUGACAUUGAACUUCAGCAGAGGCAAAGAACGGUUAAACUCCUUGUGAAAAUUAGCAAGGACAUUGCUGUGGAACUCUGGUGGCCUCGUGGACAUGGAAAUCAGACUGGAUACAACAUGACAGUUCUCUUUGUGCUGGAUGGAGGCUUAAAUAUUGAAAGAUCGGUCAAGGUUUAUUUCAGGACAGUACAACUUAUCGAAGAGCCCAUAAAAGGAUCUCCUGGCCUGAGUUUCUACUUCAAAAUUAAUGGACUUCCUAUAUUUCUGAAAGGCUCAAACUGGAUCCCAGCUGACUCAUUCCAAGAUAGAGUCACUCCCGAACUGUUGCAGGUCCUUCUGCGGUCCGUUGUGGACGCCAACAUGAACACCCUGCGGGUGUGGGGAGGAGGUACCUAUGAGCAGGAUGGAUUCUAUGAACUUUGCAAUGAACUUGGAAUCAUGGUAUGGCAGGACUUUAUGUUUGCCUGCGCCCUUUAUCCAGUUGGGCGGAGCUUCGUGGAGUCAGUGAGAGCUGAAGUUGCUUACCAGAUCAGGAGACUGAAAUCUCACCCCUCCAUCAUCAUAUGGAGUGGUAAUAACGAGAAUGAAGUGGCCUUGAGGGUGAACUGGUUUCAUGUAAAUCCCAGUGACUUGGAAACCUACUUUAAAGACUAUGUGACCCUCUAUGUGAGAAACAUCAGAGAGAUUGUCUUAUCAGAAGACAAGAGCCGACCUUUUAUUGUGUCCAGUCCUACCAAUGGGGUCAAAACCAUGGCAGAAGGCUGGAUCUCUAAUGACCCUAACAGCAACCAUUAUGGCGAUGUCCAUUUUUAUGACUAUUCCAAUGACUGCUGGGAUUGGAAGAUGUUCCCAAAAGCCCGAUUUGUAUCCGAAUAUGGCUACCAGUCCUGGCCUUCCUUUAGUACACUAGAGAAGGUCUCGUCUAAAGAGGACUGGUCUUAUAGUAGCGGCUUUGCCCUUCACCGACAGCAUCAUGGGAAUGGUAACGAUGAGAUGCUUGAGCAGGUUCAGCUCCACUUUAGACUCCCCCGAAGGACAGAUCCCUUACGCAAAUUUAAAGAUAUGAUCUACCUUACUCAGGUGAUGCAGGCCCAGUGCAUCAAGACAGAAACUGAAUUCUACAUGCGCAGCCGCAGCGAGAUAGUGGACGGAGAAGGCCACACCAUGGGGGCACUGUAUUGGCAGCUGAAUGAUAUCUGGCAGGCUCCUUCCUGGGCCUCUCUUGAGUAUGGAGGGAAAUGGAAGAUGCUGCAUUACUUUGCUCGGCGUUUCUUCGCUCCGCUGCUGCCAGUGGGUUUUGAAGAUAAAGGUGUGUUUUAUGUCUAUGGUGUGUCAGAUCUUCACAGAGACUACAAAACAAGGCUCACUCUGAGGCUCCAUACCUGGAGCUCCCUGAAGCCUUUGUGCUCUGUUGUCACUUCAAGUGCUGUGAUGAAAGCAGGGGAGGCUGCGAUUCUCUACCAGGAGCCGGUGCCUGACCUGCUGAAGAGAUGUGGGGGCUGUACGAGGGAAAGCUGUGUGGUUUCCUUCCACCUUUCAACUCACGCUGACCUCUUCAGCCCAACCAACUACCAUUUCCUGUCCUCCCUUAAGGAUGCCCAAGGGCUGGUCAAGGCCAGCAUCACUGUCACCAUCUCUCAGAAGGGUGAUUUAUUUGUGUUUGAUCUGAGAACUUCUGCCGUCGCUCCCUUUGUUUGGUUGGAUGUAGGGAGCAUCCCAGGGAGAUUCAGUGAUAACGGCUUCCUCAUGAUCGAGAAGAUGCGCUCUGUACUGUUUUAUCCUUGGAAGCUCACCAGCAAGAGUGAGCUGCAGCAGGCUUUCACUGUGACCUCCCUGACAGAUACCUACUGAAGCCAUGUGGCUGGAUUUCAGCAGACACUGGGAAUGAAGCCUCGCUAAAGCAUGACUGGAGAGAAAGACAGCCUGGGGUAAAGCGGAGAAGCCGCGGCAUAUCUGCUAGCUGGUAUGUGCCAACUCUCCAUGCUUUUGGUUUGUACAGCGGAUGUUUUUAAAGAUGUCUGAUCACCCAGGUGAUGCCCUUGGACAAGGUCAUGCCCAGGUGUUCUUGAGUCUCCCAGGAUUGUGGUUUCAGAACUUUGUCCGAUAGCUAAGGCACAACUAGAAGGGUUAUAUAACUUGAUGAUAUUUUAGGAAGAUUGUGACAUGGCGGUGUGCAUUCAUGGAACUAAACGGGGAGGUUCUAAAGUAAUGUAGGGCUUUCAUUAGGAGUAUAAAGUGGUACUCCCUGAAGACAAAGUAUGUGGCUAUUAUUGCCAGAGGAAAUGGAAGCUCAGAUGUUAUAGAAUAGAAUGCGUGAUGGCAGCCAUAUUGGUUGCUGUUGGUAGACAGUGGAGGGGCUCGAUGGUUGCCAUUUGAUUGCCAUCUUCGACAUAGGAUUCCUUUUCUCAUAAGAGUGAUAUUUCUUUAAAAAUCAGUGUAGGCCGGCUGUGCUCAUACCUCCCUGUAGUCCCAGUGCUCUGGAGGCAGAGGCAGGGGGGCUCACAAGUUCCAGGUUGGCCCUGGCUACAUUGUGGAAUUUUUCACCCGUCUUGGCCUUAAGCUUUCAUGUGAGCAUUAGUCUUAACACUGAUUCUGAUGCGCUUUCUAAUCCAAAGGGUGAGCUGCAUUUAAACUCAUUGACUCUGGUGCGGAAUUGGCAAACAAGGUUAAUAAGCAGCUAAUUUGGAUAUAGGUUUGGGGACUUUUUGUACCUCUUUUAUGUUUUUCUAUAUGUUUAAAAUUAUAUGCAAAGCCACAGGUUAUACAAAUUGCAUUGGCAACUUGAUUGUUCGUCCAUGCUCUAUU